UAUAACAAUGUGUGAAAAUUCGUGCAGAGCCAGACACCAGCAAGAUGCAUCUGCUGUUUCUACUCCUCGCUAUCGGCACGGCCGUGGCCGUCCCUGUGGAGGAACAGGUUCCCUCUUUGGAAGGAGCCAAGGUCUACCGCUUGAUCGCAGAUACGGAUGAAAAACUAUCGUCAGUCCUUGCUUACGAUGGUCAAGACGGAUACGACAUCCUGAAGGCUGGUCACACUCUUGGAGACGAGAUCCAUUUACUGGUAACCGCCGACAACGUCGAGGCUUUCGAAUCCGUCUUAGAUGAAAAUGAAAUCGACAACGUGGUUAUGACUGAAGAUGUUCAGGCUGCCGUCGAGGCGGAAGCGACUCGUCAAAGCACUGCAUCAAAUGCUCGUUUAGACGGCCGUAUUUCGUUCGAGGCUUACCACCGUUAUGACGUGAUAGUUAAGUAUUUGGAAGAUCUCGCGGAGAACUACAGUGAUUUCGCCAGUCUUAUAGAAAUCGGUGAAUCUUUCGAAGGACGCACCAUCUACGGCCUGAAAAUAUCAUCGGGUGGUACCGGCAAACCUGCAAUUUUGAUCGACGCUGGAAUUCAUGCGCGUGAAUGGAUUGCACCAGCGACAGUAAUUUACAUCAUCAGCCAGCUGGUCGAGGAAACCACUAACUCUCAUCUCUUCGAGAACGUCGACUGGUACAUAAUCCCAGUCCUGAACCCCGACGGUUACGAAUACACUCACACGACCUACCGUCUGUGGAGGAAGACGCGCAGCACCAGAACCGGAAACCUUUGCAGAGGUGUCGACCCCAACCGUAAUUUCGAAUACUACUGGAUGUUGACCGGUGCUUCCUCCGCUUCAUGCAGCGAGACUUACGCUGGACCCGAAGCAUUCUCCGAAUUGGAAACCCAAGCUCUUCGCGACUUUGUCCUGGCCAACAAUGAAACUAUCAAGUUAUAUCUAACCUUCCACUCGUACGGAAACUAUUUCCUCUACCCGUGGGGAUACACCUCGGAACUGCCCGAUAACGAGGAGGAGUUGAGGACUCUCGCUGAGGCCGCUGAUGAGGCUCUCUCCACCGUCCGUGGAACUCGCUACACCAUUGGAACUUCCACCAACGUAUUGUAUGCUGCUGCCGGCGGAAGUGACGACUGGGUGAAAGGUGUUGGUGGUGUCGAACUGGCCUAUACCUUAGAAUUACCGGGCGGUGGAAGUUAUGGGUUCGAUCUUCCAGCAUCCGACAUCGGAGUCGUUGGUCAAGAGACCUUUUUGGCUAUACGUGUCUUCUUGAAAUACAUAGAUGACAAUUUCAUAAACGAUAAAUUUCAUCUCGUAUACGAGCGCGUGCCAAAGCAGAAUAAGUUGUUAGCUUCUGGCGCUACAGAAUAUUUUGUACGACACAAUAAAAAUAUUCCUGCUCUCAAACCAUACCUAAUUCUUCCUCUCCAAUUGCUUGGAAACCGUACAAACAAUCAAUCCGAUGGCUCUAUGCAGCAACAACUACUUAUUUGCUUCUUGACGAUUAUCGUUCUAUAUCGGCAAGGUGGCCAAGAAUGCUGCAGUCGAAUUACAUCAGCGUCUCUGCAUCAGUGUGAAAUGAUGCCCCGACAGCAGGAGAAGCCCCAGAAAAUACUUCAAGCAGCAUUACUUUGUUUAAAUCUCUUUCUCCCAUUUAAUCAUGCCAUCUAUUACAAUGGCUACACGGUGUAUCAGUUGUCCCCAAACACAUCAGAGAAAAUUGCGGUUUUGAGAAGCUUGCAAAGCGUAUCGGGAUAUGACUUUUGGAAAGAGCCUCGGCGCAACACCAGCCACUUGAUGGUGGCACCGGAGCAACGGUCCAAAUUCGAAAAACAGAUGGCUGCAGCGCAUAUUCAAACAACCAUCGCCAUAAAUAACGUCGCAGAGCAUCUGCGAGAAAAUGCAACAACUCGCUAUCAUCAAGAGGAAAAAUCUACCGAAAAUAACCGACGUAUGUUUCUUCUACCUUUGGAAAAUCGGAAAAACUUUUCAUUCGAUCGAUAUUUAAGUUGCUAUGAAAUGGUCAAAUUGAUCGAAAGCUUGGUGGAUAGAGAAUAUGUAGCGAAAAUCGUCACGAUAGGGACAACCUAUCAAGGGCGGAAAAUUUUCGCCGUCAAACUAUCGACUUCUGACCGUUAUCCGGUGAUCGUGAUAGACGGAGGAAUUCACGCUCGCGAAUGGGUCUCACCGUUGUCCGUUCUCUACAUACUACGGAAGCUCAUCGAUGACAAGGAAGUGCUUCAAAAGUUGACCUUUUAUAUAGUCCCUGUCAUUAAUCCCGAUGGCUAUGAGUAUUCUAUGCGGAAAGACCGCUAUUGGAGAAAGACAAUGUCCAAGCAUUCCGGUACCAAGUGUCGAGGAGUUGACGGAAACAGGAACUUUGAUUCUCAUUGGAACGAAUCCGGAAGCGAAGGUGACCCUUGUUCGCAGAUGUACUCUGGACCGGAACCAUUUUCCGAAGCCGAAACUCGGGCUCUACGAGAUCUAAUAAUUAGAGUGAAGCCUCUCAUGUACCUCACGUUUCACAGCUACGGAGGCCUAAUCCUUUACCCCUGGGGCUACGGUCCUGAUCUACCAGACAAUUGGCAGGAAUUGCAUAAAUUAGGGAAGAAAGCAUCCGAUGAGGUGAAAAGGCUUUUCAACACGGAGUACGAGGUUGGCACCUCAACGAACUUAUUGUAUCCGGCAUCCGGUGGCAGCGACGACUGGUCUAUGGAAAAAGCUGGAGUAGAAUUUGUUUAUUGCAUAGAACUAGAAGAUUUUGGAUCACUAUUUGACCCACCGCCGCAUAAACUAACGGAGAUCGUUCAACACGCUUAUACGCUGGUACAAGUUUUCAUAAACCAUGUGCUAGAUAUCAACGUAUAAGAUCUAUUGAGCAGU